CGUCCACACUCCCUCACGUCACCUGUAUAAAUGAGCAGCCAGCCACGGUGAGGUUCCUGGCAAAGCACGGCCGCACACCUAGCCAGCUCAAAGCUCCACAACUGAUUCGCUACAUCUCACCUUGUCUCUCGAUCGCACCCGUCGUCUCCAAUCCCUCGCGCUUCUUCUCUCUACUCUCCUCCUCCCGGGGAGCUUCCUUGCUGCUCCUUGAGAGGGCUGAAAUCCAGAGGGAACAGCAAAUAACCGAAGAGAGAUGAAGAGCAGGAGGCAGAGCUGCAGCGGCGGCAGCGCGGCUACGGCUGCAGGGGAGGGGAACACGCACAGCAGCGGCGGCGGCGGCAAGAUGGAGAGGAAGGACGUGGAGAAGAACCGGCGGCUGCACAUGAAAGGCCUCUGCCUCAAGCUCUCCUCCCUCAUCCCUCCCGCCGCCAAGCACGCGUCCCUCCUCUCGGAGGCGGCGUCAGCAGCAGCAGCAUCCAAUCCCAACAAGGACACGGUGACGCAGCUGGAUCACCUGGACAACGCGGCGGCGUACAUCAAGCAGCUCAAGGAGCGGAUCGACGAGCUGAAGCGGAGGAAGGAGAGCGGCGGCCACGGUGGUUUCCGCAGCUCCAGCUACGAGGGGACUUCUGCGACGGCGGCCACCACCGGCGCCGUGCGCAUGCCGGUGAUCGAGGUGCGGUACCAGCACGCCACCCUCGACGUGGUGCUCAUCAGCGAGGCCGGGCGGCCGUUCAAGCUGCACGAGGUGAUCACGGUGCUGGAGCAGGAGGGCGCCGAGGUCGUUAGCGCCAGCUUCUCCGUCAUCGGGGACAAGAUCUUCUACACCAUCCACUCGCAGGCGCUCAGCUCCAGGAUCGGCCUCGAGCCGUCCAGGGUCUCGGAGAGGCUGCAAGACCUGCUCCUCGCCUGAACCUAUUCACUGUCUCUGCAGCUAGCCUCGAGUCAGCAAGCCGGAAACCAAGAACAGUUUUUCUAGCCACUGAUAGAUCAGUGCAUUGUUUGCGCUGUCAUGAUGAUCCAGGAAGGCCUAGCAGCAGCAACAGCAGCAAGAAAAUGAGAUGGACUAAUCAAGCCAUUGCUGUAGUUAUGCCCCUAGGACACUAAUCAAGACUGAGCGCAGUGGUAGAACCAAUCGGUUUGAAUCAGUUUUGCUGGAGAAGGUUUGUUCAAUACCACUAUAAACUAUCGUCUUAUUUU